AACUAGUGUCAAUGUGCACUCUGAGUCUCUGAGUCGGGAAACUCCUGGAUCUUAGGUCAGCAUUUCUAAUAUAGUUUCUUUCAUCGAGGGCUGUUGACUUCAGUGACUCAGGCGACAGUUUAUGAGUUUAUGAUUAUUUCUGUGUGCAGCAUUAGUAACGUUUAGUAACUCCUGCAGGGUUUGAUCUUCUGUCAUUGUCAUCAACAUCAUCACUAUGAUAAUUAGCAUAGCUCUGAUCUGGGCAGUAGUGGUUGGAUUGUGCUGCCUUCUUUGGCUCGCUGUGGGAAUACGUCACAGGCAGCCAGGUGAGCCUGCAGUGGAGAAUGGUUUGAUCCCUUACCUGGGCUGUGCUCUGCAGUUCGGAGCCAACCCUCUCCAGUUCCUCCGGAGCCGUCAGAAGAAGUACGGACAUAUUUUCACCUGCAAGAUCGCAGGCCAGUACAUCCACUUCCUGUGUGACCCCUUCUCCUACCACUCAGUCAUCAGACAGGGACGACACCUGGACUGGAGGAAGUUCCACUUUGCUACAUCGGUUAAGGCUUUUGGCCAUGAUAGUUUUGACCCUCGCCAUGGUCACACCACAGAGAACCUCCACCAAACCUUCCUGAAGACCCUGCAGGGUGAAGCUCUGCCCUCCCUCAUAGAGACCAUGAUGGGUCACCUCCAGGACGUCAUGCUGAGGUCUGACACCCUCAGCCCCAGCAGAGACCACUGGGAGGUGGACGGCAUCUUUGCUUUCUGCUACAAGGUGAUGUUUGAGUCUGGCUACCUGACUCUGUUUGGUAAAGAGCUUGGUGAAGACAAGGUUCAGGUCCAGCAGGCGGCUCAGAAGGCCUUGGUGCUCAAUGCUCUGGAGAACUUCAAAGAGUUUGACAAGAUCUUCCCAGCGCUGGUGGCUGGCCUGCCCAUCCACGUCUUCAAGAGCGCCUACAGCGCCAGAGAGAACCUGGCAAAGACCAUGAAUGCUGAGAACUUGUCCAAGAGGGAGAACGUGUCUGAUCUGAUCGCUAUGAGGAUGAUCCUGAAUGAUUCCUUAUCUACCUUCAAUGAUCUGAGCAAGGCCAGGACCCAUGUGGCUCUGCUCUGGGCCUCACAGGCCAACACCCUGCCUGCCACCUUCUGGAGUCUGUUUUAUAUGAUCAGGAGUCCAGAUGCUAUGAAAGGAGCUCGUGAGGAAGUUCACAGAGUUCUGGAGGAUGCAGGUCAGACGGUUGACCCUAGCAACCCCACGCUGAACCUGACCAGGGACCAGCUGGACAACAUGCCUGUUCUGGACAGCAUCAUAAAAGAAGCCAUGCGUCUCUCCAGUGCUUCCAUGAAUGUACGUGUUGCGAAAGAGGACUUCCUGCUUCACCUUGACAACCAAGAAGCUUAUCGCAUUCGAAAAGAUGAUGUCAUCGCCCUUUAUCCCCCCAUGCUGCACUAUGAUCCAGAGAUCUACGAGGAUCCCUAUGAGUACAAAUUUGACCGUUUCCUGGAUGAAGGUCAGGAGAAAACCACCUUCUACCGCAACGGGCGGCGGCUGCGGUACUUCUACAUGCCCUUCGGCUCCGGGGUCACCAAAUGCCCCGGCAGAUUUUUUGCUGCAUAUGAGAUAAAGCAGUUCCUGACUCUUGUGCUGUCAUACUUUGACAUGGAACUAUUGGACCCUGCUAUCAAAAUCCCUCCUCUAGAUCAGUCCCGUGCUGGUCUGGGAAUCCUCCAGCCCACCUACGAUGUGGACUUCAGGUACAAGCUGAGAUCUCACCACUAGGCUCGCUGAUUGAACUACAUAUUGUACAUAGUGUAUAAAAGGGUGCUAAGUUAAAGGGGCAAUAUGUAAUUACUGGCCAAAUGCUCCAAAAAUAUGGGGUAGCAUUUCAUUUCAUCUUGUGCAAGAUUUGCAUAAUUUACUAAAUGCAGCAGUGACACUGUUCAAGAUUGUGUACAGUUAGACACAUAAUCAACCAUGUAAUGCCCUCAAAAAUGUAUAGCAACAUAUAGUCUAGCUACCCUAUAUAUAUAUAUAUUUAUAUAUAUAUAUAUCAUUCUUCUACAUUUUGUUGUUGUUUGUUGUAUUGCUGUAUAGCUCAUUUUACCAUUACAUGAUAGAAAUCAUUGUGGAUUGAUACACACAUUGCCCCACACAUAAACAGAAAAAUGUAUAUAUAUGGUAUUAUAUCUGUGUAUUUAUUGCAGACCAUGUACACUGUAAAAAAAAAUCUGUUUAAUUUACGGUAAAAUACCCGCAGCUGUGGUUGCCAGAACUUCACCGUAAGAAAUACAGUGAGCAUAUGUAAAUGUAAAUAUCAGCCAAAAAACUGUUAUUUUGUCCAAAGCGACUUACAGUAAGUGAUAAAUUAAUGAUAAAUAAAUGUAUACUGAAUAAUCCCAUUACUUUCUGGAUAAUUGUGUCAUCAUGGUAUUUCUCCAUUCAUUUUACAUGAAAAUUGUUUAAUUUUACAGCACAACUGUGUGUUUUCUACAGUUUAUGACAGUAGAAUUUAAAGUUGUAUGCUAUUCUUUGAUUUACAGUAAUUAAAAGUAUCUACUACGGUUAUGUACAAUGUUCAAUUUUACGACCUAUUUCUGAUGCAAUUUGACAGUGUUUUACUGUAACUUCUACAAACAUUUUUUACAGUGUAGAAAAAUCUGUGUGAAGACAUUUGGUUUUCCAUUUUGCUCUAUCACCACUUUGAUACUUUGUCAUUUUGUGUCAGUUUAUCUCAGGUGAAAUUGCUGAGUGCAGCAUGACCAAACUGAAAAAAAUGCAUUACUGUAAUCAGUGUCAUUUACUGACUGAACCUUGAAGUGACAGAUAGCGCUCCCAUCAACCUUGAACUCUGCUCUUGUGCUGUCUAACUGUUCAAGACGUGUCUGAUUAUUGACUGAACUUUAUAAUGUCAUGUCUCAGUGUCUCAGCCAACGUGGCUACCAUGUUUCUUUUAUUAAUGUGUGAUGAUGAUUUCUGUA